AUGGCGGCCAAGCAGCGCUUCGCCGGCUACCCGAUUGCCCGCGAGGGCCCGGAGACGCCGUACGCGGUGGUCGACGAGAAGAACCCCGUGCUCCGCGGGUGGUUGCUCGUUGUGGCGGCCAACCUCGCGACGCGCUUCCCGGCCCUGGCAAAGGCCGCGUGGGCGAAUGCCAAGUUUGGCGACAUCAAGGACAUCCCAGGCCUCCUGGAAUACGACUAUCGCAUGUCGUCGGCCGUCACGCCUCUUGGCAGCGGUGACGAUGACGACGACGAUGCGACGGCCAUGGCCAGGCUUGAGAUUGGGCCGGAGCUCACAGCGCGCCAGUCCGAGACCCUGCCGGGCCGGUUCUUGUCGGCGGCCGACUAUCACGAGCUCUACAAGUCUGGUGCUGUGACACCGCUGCAGGUCGCAGAGGCGCUGCUGCCCCUCAUCUCCCGCGGCCAGAGCCCGCCUGCGAAAUACGAGUCUGCGUGGUCCGUCACCAAUAAGACGCUCGUGAUGGAGGCGGCAGCGGCAUCGACCCGGCGGUUUGCCGACGGCAAGCCACUGGGCGUGCUGGAUGGCGUGCCCGUGGGCGUCAAGGACGACUGUGACGUCGAGGGCUAUGUCAGCCACAUUGGCCUGCAGUACGACGCGGCACAUCCUCAAUUCCAGCCGGCAAAGAAGACGGCGUGGCCUGUCCAGCAGCUCCAGGCCGCCGGCGCGCUCAUGAUUGGCAAGCUGGCGAUGCACGAGCUGGGCUCCGACGUGACGGGCUGCAACCCGCGCUGGGGCACACCCGUCAACUGGAACAACCCGGGCUACUAUCCGGGUGGCUCGUCUUCGGGCGGCGGCUCCGCGCUGAGCGCCGGGCUGAUCCCCAUCGCCGUCGGAACGGACGCGGGCGGCAGCAUCCGCAUCCCGUCGUCGUUCUGCGGGCAGUACGGCCUCAAGCCCUCGCUGCACCGCACAAUCACGAUGAAGUCGGCCGUGUGCGUCAUGGGUCCCAUGGCCGCCACGGCAUCAGACCUGCGCAUUGCCUACCGCUCCAUGGUGGCGCCGAAUCCAGAGGACGCGGUCCAGCGCGCCUUUGCGACCUCCCUCCCUCCCGCAAAGUCUGCAAAGAAAUCCAUUGGCAUCUACACCGAGUGGUUCGACCGUGCGAGCCCCGUCGUGCGCGAGACCCUUCGCAAAGCAAUCGCAUAUCUGCAGGCAAAGCUCGGCUACGAGGUGGUCGAGAUCCGCAUCCCGUACCUACACGAGGCACAGCUCGCGCACGCGGCGUGGACACUAACCGAAGCGCUCGACCACCAGCGCACCCGCACGGCCAAACCGAGCGACUGCCUCGGCAUCGUGAACCACUGCAACCAGGUCCUCCUGUCCGUGGGCGCGUCCACGGCCGGCGUCGACCUGGUCAAGUACUCGCAGCUACGCGAGCUGCUGAUGCAGCACCUGGCCUUCCUCUAUCAGAAGUACCCAGGCCUGCUGAUCGUCACGCCCACCGUCCCGGACGCCGGGUGGAAGAUCCAGCCUGGCGACGAAGCGUAUGGCUUUAGCGAUGGCGACAAGACGAAUCGGGCAAUGAUGUACGUCUGGCUCGCCAACUCGACGGGUUGUCCCGCCGUGAGCUGCCCUGUCGGAUACGACGAGGCAGUGGAGGGCGGGAAGGUGCCGAUCGGACUGAUGGCGACUGGCGAGUGGGGUGCCGAGGAGCAGCUACUGGACUUUGCGGCCGAGGCGGAGGAAUACCUGAACGCGGUGUAUCCUGGUGGGAGGAGUCGCCCGGAGGCGUGGGUCGAUGUGCUUGCGCUUGCUGCUGGCAAGGCAGGGAAGGGCGGUGAUGCGGCUAGUGAAGAAUGA